AUGGCCAUGCCGACUGCCAAGACGCUCCUGUUAUUCGGGCCUGGGGCCAUGUCACUGGAUGAGCUCUAUUUCCGCCGCAUCCUCGCAUUUGUUAAAGAUGAUAACGGUAGUAAUUGGGCUAUCAACGCCAUCGAGGAUAUCGAAAGUGGUUGGGAUCUUCUUUCUGAAUCAAUUCCGAAGUUGCAACAUACAUCUGGCAGCGUUCACGCUCGCAGGCUGGCGGACUGGCUUCGGACAGGCGUCAUAAGCCCACAAUCCACAGUGUCCGAACUUCCCAACGCCAUCCUGGGCCCGCUCGUCAUUAUCGCACAACUUGUGGAGUAUUUACAACAUGCGAAGUCCUCAUCACAAUCGUCACUUGAAUCUGGGCAAGGUUUCCAUCUACUCCCCCGUGCGCAGACAGAGACUGUCGGUUGCUGCCUCGGUGUAUUCAGUGCCCUUGUGGUCUCCUCUAGCUCUUCCUGGGCCCAGUUCUGUCACAAUGCUGCUGCAGUCCUCCGCACUGUUUUUGUAUUGGGGGCCCUGUCCGAUGCGCAGGAUAUGCCAAGUUUAACUGGGCCCUCCAUUUCAUUGAUAGCCUUUUGGAGAGGAGGGCAGUCGUUGGCUGACCUCAAGAAAGCGUUGAGUAAAUUUCCUGACGCAUAUAUUUCUGUCCUUUACGACGACAAUCGAGCAACUGUGACAACCUCUGCCAGUACGGCUUCGGCAUUGAAGAGUCACCUGCAAACUACUGGUAUCACAGCCAAUGAAACCGAGUUCCAUGGACGUUUUCAUGCGGGCUCGCUCUACGAAAGGGAUCUUGAGGAAUUCUUUACCUUCUGCAAAAGGCACCCUCUUUUCCAACUUCCCGACGCUUCGUCCAUUGUUCUGCCCAUCCGCGUCAAUUCGGCAACACUUAUGGCUGGCACAGAAAGCAUGCUGGAGGCAGCAUCGCGCGCGUUCCUUGUGGAGCAGUUCAACUGGAUCAAAAGCUUCCGUGCAGCCGUCUUCAGUUCCUUGCAAGACAGGAAUUCGAAGAUCGUUGAAUUUGGUCCGGAGCGAUGUGUACCCCCUACUCUCCUCCGAAGGCUGAAUAGCCAAGUCAUUCACUUCGAGUUCGAGAAUAGCCACAAAGUUGGCUCCACACCUGGUCUGGCACCCGGUGUCACAGAAAACGAUAUCGCUGUUAUUGGUAUGUCAUGCCAAGUGGCAGGAGCUCGUGAUCUUGAACAAUACUGGAAGAUCUUGUUGGGGGGUCAAUCACAACACAAGGACCUCAUUCCUAAUGAUCGCUUUGCGAUGGAUACAACUUUCCGUCCUGGCGAUGACAGCCAGAGGAAAUGGUACGGAAACUUCAUUGAUGAUUAUGAUGCAUUUGACCACAAGUUCUUCAAAAAGUCUCCGCGGGAAGCGCUUCAUAUGGACCCCCAGCAAAGACUUAUACUUCAAACCGCCUAUCAGGCUGUGGUACAAUCAGGGUACUACCACAAGCCUGAUAUAGAUCGUCGAAUUGGUUGCUACAUCGGCUGUGUUGCCAAUGACUACGAGAACAAUAUUUCCCACACCACGCCUACUGCCUUCUCGGCCACGGGUGCUCUACGAAGCUAUAUCUCCGGCAAGGUCAGUCAUUAUUUUGGUUGGACUGGCCCGGGAAUGAUGAUCGAUACGGCCUGCUCCGCCUCAACCGUGGCUAUUGACCUAGCCUGUCGAGCGAUCCUGAGCGGUGACUGUUCGGCGGCGUUAGCUGGCGGAACCAACUUCUAUAGUACUCCAAUGUUCUUCCAAAAUCUCGCUGCCGGGUCUUUCCUCAGUCCUACAGGACAGUGCAAACCUUUCGACGCAAAGGCCGACGGAUACUGUCGCGGUGAGGCGAUCGGUGCUGUCUUCCUCAAGAAACUCACUCAUGCUAUCGCCGACGGUGAUCAAGUUCUCGGUGUCAUCUCGGCUACUGCUAUCAACCAGAACCAGAAUGACACUCCCAUCUUUGUUCCAAAUCCGUCAUCGCUGACAAAUGUGUUCCAAACGGUUGUCAACAAAGCUGGAUUAGAUAUCAAAGAUAUCUCGGUUGUUGAGGCUCAUGGAACAGGAACUCCGGUGGGUGACCCAGCUGAGUACGCCAGCAUUCGCCAGAUAUUUGGUGGUUCUGCCCGUGCUGGGCUGGGGCCUUUGCAGGUAGGAUCCGUCAAGGGUCUGAUUGGUCAUACUGAGGGUGCAUCUGGGGUGGUAGCGCUAAUCAAGAUGCUUUUGAUGAUGCAAGAGGGCCGUAUACCACCACAGGCUAGCUUUACCUCCAUCAGUCCUUCCAUCAAAGCGACAUCCGCUGACAAUAUGCACAUCACAACUGAGCCUAUGUCUUGGGAUGAGGAUUUGAAGGUGGCACUGAUUAACAACUACGGUGCAGCCGGAUCAAAUGCCUCGAUGGUGAUAAAACAGGCGCCGAACCCGGCUGUGGGAUCUGAAGGUCGCUCAUUGCAAAGCCAAGCGUUGGCUUCUGCAACAUCCCCCUUCAAAUGUCCGGUCUAUAUCUCCGGUCUCGAUGACAAAGCUGUCCGGGCUUAUUCCAAACGACUGUGCCAAUUUAUCAAGAACCACCCAUUUUCCAGAGACCGCCUCGGAAUCGAAAAUAUGGCGUUUAAUAUUAAUCGGCAGUCCAAUUGGUCGCUGGGCCGAAGUCUCAUUUUCAGUGCCGAGUCCAUCGAUGAGCUCGAACAUAAGCUGCUUUCUACCGAGACUGCCGAGACACCCUCUGUGCGACCAGUCAUCCUAUGUUUUGGCGGGCAGGUCUCCAAGUUUGUUGGACUGGACCGUGGAUUGUUUGAGAAAGCUACUGUUUUGCGACUGCAUCUUGAUCGGUGCGAUAAUGUUUGCAAAGCCAUUGGCGCAGGCAGUAUUUACCCCGGUAUUUUCGAGCGUGAAGCCAUUCAAGACCCGUCCGUGCUACAGCCACUGCUAUUCUCCAUGCAGUAUUCAUCUGCCAUGAGCUGGAUCGACUGUGGCAUUAAGCCUACAGCCCUUGUUGGUCAUUCCUUUGGAGAGCUUACCGCUUUGUGUGUGUCAGGCGCUCUCACUCUGACGGAUGCCUUGAAGAUGAUCCACGGAAGGUCGAAGGUGAUUAGUCAGGCAUGGGGCCCUGAGAAGGGAUCGAUGAUCGCCGUCGACGGCGAUCAAAAAGACGUUGAAAGCUUACUUGCGUCGUCAAACCUUCGCAUUGCUGGGAAUGAAGGGAACGACAUUGCGACUAUUGCCUGCUUCAAUGGCCCAAGGAGCUUCACUAUUGCUGGGUCAAAUGUUGCCAUCGAUGCUGUCCAGGAGACAAUUUCAAGGCUUGGGAUCACCGUCAAACAUAAGAGGUUGGAUGUGACCAAUGCCUUCCAUUCAAUACUGGUCGAGCACUUGAAGCCAGAACUGGAGGCACUGGGCCACAAGCUAAGUUUUGGGCAGCCCAAGAUUCCACUCGAACGAGCAACCCACGAGAAACAAGUCGGUUCUCUCUCAGCUGCAUACGUUUUCGAACACAUGAGACAGCCGGUUUAUUUCAACCACGCGGUCCAAAGACUCGCAAAGCAGCAUCCGGAGGCUGUCUGGCUGGAAGCUGGCUCCAGCUCUACCAUAACGACAAUGGUAAGCAGAGCCUUGAGUUUACCCAAAUCCUCGACAUUCCAGGCAGUGAACGUGACUGGCACCACCCAGGGGAUACAGCAACUUGCUGAUGCCACCAUCAACCUAUGGAAAGCCGGGUUACGCGUCACCUUCUGGCCACACUCAUAUGCCCAAACAUCUGAAUAUGCACCCAUCAUCCUCCCACCAUAUCAAUUCGAGAAGCAGAGGCACUGGCUCGAAUUUAAGGUGCCCCCAAAACCUAUCCUUUUGGAAGCAUCUUCAGCUCACAACAUUGGUGUUGAGACGGAUGCUCCACCGACGGGUCUCUUCACCUUCCUUGGCUAUAGUGCCAAGAGCAGAGACAAGUGUCGAUUUCGGAUCAAUACUGGGGUCAAGCAAUACGUGGAUGUUGUUUCUGGGCAUACCAUGGUGACCACUGGCCAAGCGUGUCCGGCGAGUUUCGAGAUUGAGAUUGCACUUCAGGCCAUUACGAGUAUUCGUCCGGAACUGACUGAGGGCGAAGCUUUGCAUCCCCGUAUUUUCAACAUUUCCAACCAAGCUCCCAUGCUUGUGGAUCCCUCCAGGGAGAUAUUCCUUGACUUUGAUAGUCUUGGCAGCGAUCCCGAAGGAUGGAACUUCAAGUUCACCAGCAAAAUCAAUGGCAAUGACGAAGUUGUUCAUAUGAUCGGACAACUCUAUUUCCAGCCCGGUGAUGACACCCACUCUUCACUCGAAUUUAGCCGGUUGGAGCGUCUCGUGACACACGAUCGUUGCCUCCGCGCUUUAGAAAGCAGCGAUGAUGCCGAUGAAGUCAUUCAAGGACGCAGCAUCUACAAGCUCCUCUCCCAAGUUAUUGAAUAUGGCGAACGAUUCCGGGGCCUACAGAAGCUGGUUGGGCGGCCUAACGAGUCGGUUGGUAGGAUCAUACGGCGCCGGUCCAGUGAGUCCCGGAUGGACUUCGCGCUCAGCGAGACCUUCACCCAAGUCGGCAGCAUAUGGGCCAAUUGCAUGGCGCCGAUUCGCCGAACACUGCCCGACACUGUCUAUGUUAUCUGUGGAAUUGAGCAGUGGAUGAAAUCCCCGACUACUUUGAAGAGUCUGAGCGAUGCCCCUUAUGACGAUCAACUAAAGGAAUGGCAUGUACUGGCGCAACAUAAGCGCACAGAUGGAGAUGCUUUCAUAACGGAUAUUUUCGUCUUUGAAUCUACAUCUGGAUCCCUUGAGGAAGUCAUAAUAGGAAUCAGAUAUGCUCCAUUAUCGGGACAUGGAUUCAUCAAUUCCACUCCCUCAGUACCACAUGUGCCAGUGACAACUAGUCGUGCUUUGCCUGUUUCACAAGCCCAGACCGUUGAGGCUACCAGAAACCUCGGCCCAGCUCAGGAUCGAACGACCGCUCUUUCUGCUGAGUCCAGAACUGAAUCAUUCACUCGUGUUGACACGCCGAAGAGAAACGUCAAGGCUGGCCUCUGGGUUAAGCUUCUUCCUGUUCUUGCAGAUAUUUCAGGGCUCGAGGAGGAUGAAAUCAAUGACACCGAUUCACUUGCAGACAUUGGGAUCGACUCUCUUAUGGGAAUGGAAAUGGCGCGCGAAGUUGAGAAGACUUUCAAUUGCACAUUGGAACAAUCCGAGCUCAUGAAUAUUUUCGACAUUCCAGGUAUUUUGAGCUUCCUCCAGUCGACUCUUGGUCUUGAGGAUGGUAACGAUGUCUCUGACACAUCGGAAACCACGCUACAAAAGACCCCGGCAUCUAGCAACGAAGCUAUGCCAUCUACACCAAGUUCAAUGGAAGACUAUGUGGAUCUAGCUGGAGAGCAGCUUGAUCUUGCCAAAGGUCUGCAACUGUCAUCAUCCACCAUUCUGAAGGCAUUCCGCGAAACAAAGGUGAAUACCGACGACUUCCUCAAGCGCUGGAAGUGUGCUGGCUACCUGAAUGGCGUUUCUCAAAAGCAGACCAGACUGUGUCUGGUGCUUACGAGCAACGCAUUUAAGCAGCUAGGCUGCGACCUGGAGACAGCAAAGCCCGGGGAAGUGCUUCAGCCUGUUCCCUUUGUCUCUCGUCACCAUCGAUUCCAUGAUUAUCUAUACAAGAUGCUAGAAGAGGCACGGAUCAUUGAUAUCGACGACGGUACCAUCACACGCACGGCCAUUCCGCUUCCCACGCAGACCGCCGAGGCAAUUCUGAAGGAUUUGAUGCGUUACCACCCAGAUGAUGGCUCCUCCCAUCAGCUGACAUAUAAUGUCGGUUCGCGGAUGGCAGACGUUUUAUCAGGCAAAGCCGAUGGCCCCCAAUUGAUUUUCGGAGAUUCCAAGAAUCGCGAGCUCGUCGCUGCGUUUUAUGGCGAAUUGCCGUUCAAUAGGCUGUAUUUCGAGUUGAUGGCCGAGUUUCUCUCCCGUCUCACGUCGAAGCUGAGACUCCCUUCUCAAAAUCAGGAACCCCUCAAGGUCCUCGAGAUGGGCGCUGGAACUGGCGGAACGACAAAGGUGCUUGUUCCCGCGCUAGCGAAGCUUGGAAUCCCUAUCGAGUACACUUUCACCGAUCUUUCGCCGUCUCUGGUGGCUCAAGCCAAAAAGAAGUUCAAACAGUACCCUUUCAUGAAGUUUGCUGUUCACGACAUCGAGCAGCCUCCUUCCGACCCGCAACUAGUAGGCUCGCAACACAUUGUCAUCGCCAGCAAUGCCGUACAUGCCACCCACUCAUUACAAGGAUCAGCACAGAGCAUUCGGAAAUUCCUCCUUCCGGAGGGAUUCCUUAUGUUGCUCGAAAUGAACAGCACGCUUCAUUGGGUGGAUGUCGUCUGGGGCACCUUGGAGGGCUGGUGGCUGUUCGAUGACGGUCGGACGCAUGCUGUAGUCGAUGAACGGCGCUGGGAAAAGGAUCUCCUCAGUGCAGGCUACAAACAUGUCGAAUGGACCGAUGGGAAGCUGCCUGAAGUGCGAGUUCAAAGGGUCAUCAUCGCUCUGGCCGGUGAUAUCGAGCAGGAUAUCGACCGCUUGACUCCCGCACUGAUAGAUCUACCAGCGCGUCUUGACGAUCACGACACACUCUCUGAUGAGCAGCUGAAAAUCACGAAGCAGGCCGCAGAUGAGUACCUGAGGAGCGCCAUAGGAGGCUUCUCCGUGCCCGAGUACUUCGAGGAGUUCAACUCGAUUACCUCUGCCAAAUGCGUCCUGGUCACAGGCGCAACCGGCAGCCUUGGCAGCCACAUUGUCGCACACCUGGCUAGUCUGCCCUCGAUUGACAGAGUUUACUGCCUGAACCGGCCUGGCAAGGCAAGGUCAAAAGAUGCCGCCGCCCGUGAUCCUUUACGCCGUCAAAUAGAGGCUCUUGAGUCUAAGUCCAUCACACUAGACGCCACGGCACUCACCAAAUUAAAGGUGAUCGAGACCGACUCAUCGAAGCCACAGCUGGGCCUUGAAAGGGAACAAUAUGAAGAGCUGCUUGCCCACGUCACGCACAUCAUUCAUAAUGCCUUCCCUGUCAAUGGUAUGCUUUCUCUCAAACAAAAUGAGCCUCAAUUCGCCAUCAUGCGCAGCCUUGUCGACCUGGCAGCUGGCGUCUCGGCCCGCCGCAAGACCACCGACUUCAGGUUCACUUUUCAGUUCAUCUCGUCUCUCUCCGCGGUCGGCAAGUAUCCAUCAACCCACCGGGGCGAGAUCCAGGUGCCUGAGAAACAGCUAGACAUCGACAGUGCGCUUCCGAACGGAUAUGGCGGAGCCAAAGUUAUCUGUGAACGGAUUCUCCUCGAGACAUUGGGUAAACAUCCAGAUCGGUUCCGCGCAAUGACAGUGCGAUUGGGCCAGUUGUCUGGGUCUAUGAAAACCGGCUACUGGAACCACAUGGAAGUGCUUGGGUUCCUGUUUAAAUCGGCCCAAACCUUGCGCUCCCUUCCAGCUGUGAGUGGCGUCUUGUCCUGGUUGCCUCUCGAACAGGCUUGUGCAACUCUCUCGGAUAUACUCCUUCGCGAUGCACCAGACUGCCACCCCAUCUAUCACGUCGACAACCCAGUCCUUAAGCAAUGGGAGGAGCUGGUACCCGUACUCGCCGAGGAGCUCGGCAUCCCGCAGAAAAACGUGGUCCCCCUUGAUGAGUGGCUCAGGCGGGUGCAGGCAUAUCCUGGUGAGAAUCCAUGGGACAACCCGGCGGCCAAAGCGAUCGACUUUUUCGAACACAAGUUCGAGCACAUGUCUUGUGGGGGUGUUACUAUGGCUACAGAUAAUACUUUGGAACAUUCAGCGACCCUAAGAGCCACGCAGCCGAUUCGCGAUGAGGUGGUGAGGAAAUAUUUCCAAUUUUGGAAGGAGACUGGAUUUUUACGUUAA